AUGUCGUACUUGUUGUGUAUGCUCCUGUGUCCACACACCAACGGUCUCGAUUAUCGACGAGUUAGUUUGUCCAAACCGGGUCAGUUCAAUCGAUGCAGUUCGGCUCGUUUCAAACGCCAACAACCGCAACCCCAAUUCUCCUCUGUUGUCGGUGCAAUCGGACCCCCGUCCACACGACCCCUGUUCUUUAACAGCAACCACAACGAGGAAUUGUCCAUGUUGAAACGUUCCAAAUCCGAUCGAUUUCAAUCGUCCCGUCCCCAAUGGAAACCUCCAGGCAGUCCAACUGCAGUGCUGAACAAUCAG